AUGAAGUUUCCAGUGGUCGUGCUCUUGGUGGUUGCUGUGUAUCACUUGGUGCUUCGUCAAAACAGCCUUGUGGAGAAACAAAUAUUGCAGGCUCUAGAAACCAGUCAUCUAAGCUAUCUGAGAACUAGCGGUUCUGUUGGUUUGGUAUUGGCACACCCGGAUGAUGAGUCCAUGUUCUUUAUGCCUACGAUAAAGUUCGUAAAGAGAGUUCUAGAGUCUAGACCCGAUUUAAACCAGAAUAUAUAUAUCUUGACACUUUCAAAUGGGAAUUUCAAGGGACAGGGGAAAACAAGAGAAUUGGAAUUUAGACAAGUUUGUAAAGAACAGGGUUUUAAGUGUAACCUAUUGGACGUUCCGGAAUUUCAAGACGGAAACGAUAAAUGGGAUACUGAAGUUGUAAAGGGUUAUAUUGCAAAUUUUAUCAAGGCAAAUGGGAUAUCACUGAUAUUCACUUUUGAUAAGUUUGGUGUUUCAAAACAUCCAAACCACAUUAGCACAUCUGACUCAGUGAGGGCCGUAGAAAAGGAUUUUCCUGCUUUGAAUGUUUGGUUCCUUACCUCACUGUCCCUUUUAAAUAAAUACUCUGGAAUUCUUAGUAUCCUUAAUUCCAUGUUCAGCAGGACGUGCAUAAUACUUCCUUCUUCACUUGAUGUUUACAAGAAUAUGCAAUUAUACAAAAGUCAAGUGCAGUGGUAUCACCCAUUUUGGGCACUAUUAUCCGCAUAUAGUUAUAUAAACAUUUUUAUCCAAUCAGAUCCACACGAAAAACAUUCAGAUUUAUAA